GGCGCACGCGCGGGGGGGCGGAGCCUCUUUCGUCAGCGCUGUCAAUGGCGGCGGCGGGACUGGGACCCGGCGAGGCCGCCGCGGCCGCUCACGCUCUGUCACUGCCGGCCGAGGCCUUCGGCAAUGAUCCCCGCGUGGAGCUGGCCUGGGCCAUGAAGGCCCAUCAGCACGCCGAGAUCUACUUCAAUCUCAUCUCCUCCGUCGACCCCAAGUUCCUGAACCUGACCAAGGUCGAUGACCAAAUCUACCGCGAGUUCAGGGCCGCCUUCGGGGACCUGCGAGUGGAGGUGCUGGACCCCGAGGAGCUGAAGUCGGAGCCUGCCAAGGAGAAGUGGCGCCCGUUCUGCCUGCGCUUCCAGGGGCUGGUGGAGGACUUCAACUACGGCACCUUGCUGCGCCUGGACUGCCGCGGCGGCUACACCGAGGACAACAGCAUCUUCGCCACCAGGAUCCAGUUCUUUGCCAUCGAGAUCGCUCGCAACAGGGAGGGAUGGAACAGCGCUGUCUACAGCAGGGCCAGGGAGCCGGCAGCUCAGGAAGCGGCAUCGGGAUGAGGACGGGAGGAGCUCCAAGAGGGGCAGGGAGCUCGUGGCCAGGCGGGGGCCGGGCAGGGCUGCACCCACCCCAUCACAGACUGUAAAUAAACGUUUUUACACUGAAGG